GAAAAUAAUGGACUACUCCAUUGACCUCUCACUGGCAAGGCGAUCCUGUAGCGGCAGUUUUGGCGCCAAAAUUACAAAUUUCUGUUUCUAGUCCUUAGACAUCAAGAUAUCUGCCACGUUCCUUUUUAGAGUGUUUCCCUUUGUGUUACAUUGAACUAUCAGAAUUUAUAGAGAAAGAUCUCUACUAUUGUGAAUCUCGACAACGGUAACAAAAACCUUCUGCACCAUACCGCCCCCCUCCCCACUUCAAGUAAGCCUGCAUGGUGACCCUAACUAACGUUAAAUUUGUUAUACGCGAGUUAAAGGUAGAUUCAGCAAUGCCAGUCAUCGGCCUCGUGUUGUUCUUCUUCCUGGCAUCAGUGACGACAGUAUCGGCAGACUGUGGGCCCGGGUUUAGUGGUGUAAGAGAACUUACCAAGAAGACACCCAGUUAUACCCUCAGCACAGAUGAAGGAAGCUUCCAGGUUUUCUGUUACAGCGGGGAGGCAGCUAGUCCAUUCUUACUAUGGAGCAGUGUGACUGUCAGGGUGAAGUCCCUGGACGGAGCCCCGACCAUUUAUGUGGGGCACAACAAGUCGGAGGUGUGUCAGAAACAGGACCAGCAGAACCUCAUCCUCUACUGGCUCAUGAUCUCUCCUGACAAAGUCUCCCUCCCACCGUUCGAGAGGUCGUGUGUCGGAGUGGAGUACGCGUCAACAACAUACAUCGGGCUGGACAAGAAAGCGAUCAACGUUUGGUCCCCAGCAUGCCUUGUGUUUGGCCUGCUGAUCUUCAGUUAUGCCUCUACUCUCAGCAGGAAUGUGCUGUUUUACUACUCAUCAGGCAUUACUGUUGGUGUGUUGGCAUCCCUUCUGAUCCUUGUCUACAUGCUCAGUAAGUUGGUACCCAAGAAAAGUGGUGCAGUUGUACUGCUGGCAGCAGGAUGGUCCACAGCCCUGUACCUCCUACAGCACAUGUACCUGAACCUACAGUCUCUACUGCAGGGGUACCUGCCGUAUAUACUGGGGUACCUGGCAGUGGCUGCUCUCGUCAGCUUUGCUGUUUGUUACAGGUAUGGCCCAGUGACCAAUGAGAGAAGUUUAGACUUGAUUAAGUGGGGGAUUCAGCUGAUUGGUCUGACAUUUGUGUACAACGGAACCCAGCUCCCUGCAGCCUCACUCACCAUCAUCCUACUGGCUGUACUCUGGGCCAAUAUCCCAGAGAGACUGGCACAGGCAGUCAGGUACUAUUGGAGGACUUGGUUUCCGCGGAAGAUCCGGCGUCUGACACAAGAAGAGUACGAGCAGCAGGCGCGGGAGGAAACACGGCGAGCACUGGAACAGCUGAGACAGUUCUGUAACAGUCCUGACUGUAACACAUGGAAAACUGUCAGCAGACUGGAGAAGUGUUCCCCUGUAAGGUUUGCCAAGUUUGUAGAGGGAGACAGUCACCUGUCAGAAGAUGAGGUCUGUGCAUAUGACUCUGAGGUCUCGUUUGAUCUUCCAAUGGAGGAUAGUUUUGAGGAAGACGAAUCCUUUGUUUCUAGCAACACGUAACACUAGUCUUUCAUUCCAACACUCAACAAACACACCCAUCUAUGCAGGGAAGGGAAUUCAGGACAGGUGUCUAAAAUGCCUGAAAAACAUUUUGAAUUUUGGAUAUUAAUUAUUACAAUAAGAGGAGGCAGAGGGUACCAGUAUUUCUUGCUGGAAGUUAUCCAAAAAAGGUACAAACCUGAAAAAAUCAGUAGACUUUUGACAUUUUGGGGUCCUUUUGGACUUCAGCUUUUGAAGUUUCAGUCAUGCCAAAAAAAGAACCAAGUGUGAUGAGAAAUGAGAUUGUAUAAGAAAUGUAUAAAAUAUAUGUUUUGUAACACCUCUCUUUUCUUUAUGCAUAUUAGUUGCUUGUGACUUGAAAAUUACCACCAUCAUUCCAAUAUACAAUUUGAGUUGUCACGUUCACGGAGACCUGUGCCUUUGUCUCACUCUCCCAAAUAUGAUGUUAUGUAGUACUUCAGUACCAAUAUGUAGCAGAUUCAGGUCCGAAUCUGGACCUGAUCUUCUGGACCUUUACCUGACGUUGACAUGAGUUUUCUGUACUGGUCCCUACCACCAUCACAGUAGUUUCUUGAUGUAGUAAAUGUUGAUCUAUGUUCAUGUUACAGUGACCAAUUCUACCCUACACCUAGAGAAACAUGGGAAAUUCUUGACCAAGAAAUGCUACUGGCAAAGUUGUGUAUGAUUUUGUAGACAAUUUUAUGAUUCAGAGUUACUUUUUGUUAAUAUGCUGAGGGAGUUGUCUGGUAGCAAUUUUCUGCAGAAUGAAAUUAUAGUCUGUCAUUCUACUGAUGUCCUACGAAUAUGCUUUUCAGGCUAGCCUGAGUUUACACAAUCUCUCGCUGGCUGGGGCAAUUGUAGGGCCAGCUGCUAGGAACGCAAUUUUAGUCAGGCUACUUUUCAGGCCAAUUCAAUUUGUUGGAUCUAAAGGGGGUAUCUCACUGGGACAAGCCUAUUUAGGACAUUGCCGCAACUUUGGUAAUUUUCUGCCAAUUUUCUAUUGUGGUCACACUGACGUGCAAAAUGUGGGUGACAUGUAUGACUUCUAUGAACAAAAUGGCCGUGGUCGGAAUGUCACAUCCUCAGUUUCAUCCACAAGACAACUUUAUUACUUACUUACUUACAACUUUAUUACCACAGAAUAAAAGUCCAAUGCAAAAUGAUUAAGCUUCAGCAAAGAGAGAUUUGGACUGUUAGGGACUAUUAAGCGUCUAGUUUGCAUCCAUUUGCAACAUUUAGCCUUUUGUGAUGUCUUCCAAAUUUAAAAAAAAAUGCUUUUGGGAGGUCAAUUGGCAUCUGUUGGAGGCGACUGUCAUUUGCAAGCAAUUGCAACCCAGUGAGAUGAUACCCACUUAAGUUAUAACAUCAUUUUGAUGCUCUUUCCUUGCUUUUAAAUCAUUUACAGGGGCUUAUUCAGGCAGUACAAGCAAUAUUCAUACAAACUGGGCGACCAAAUUUUAUUUUGGUGUUGUUUCUUUAAUUAUUUUAACCACACAGAUUGCCCCAAACUAUGACUGGCAGCUAUUGUAAGGAAUUGGAACAAUAAAUUAAGAACUGUCUCUAAAUGUUAUAAACAUACAUUUUAUCUUCAGUCUUAUAGUUAAGUGCAGAAAAUCUUUUGUUUUUUAAUCAUAGAAAUGCAAGAAACAGAGUAAAAUUUGAAGUUAAGAGAAGUUUUAAGUUUUCUGUAAUACAAUGUAAUUGCAAUAAAGUUACGCAGCCAAGUGUUA